AUGCGGGAUGUUGAAGCUGUUCACCAUGUAACGAUCUUUAAUGAGGACACAUUGGCAAUUGGGAGAGUGCAAACAUACCAAAUCCACUUCGAACCAAACCAACUUUUGCUACGCCUGUCCGAACUGGACGAUGUCCGAAUAUUGCCCCAAAUUACUGAAUAUCAAAGUUGCAAGGCAUCUACGCCCCUAUCCGGCGCCCAAUUACUGCGCUCUCAAGGCACUGCCUCGCCAGAAGAUACCCACUAUUUUCAACGUCGGAUAGGAUCCUGUAUCUACGCUGCGGUGAUGACUCGGCUAGAUAUCGCCUUCGUAGUUGGCAAGCUUGCUACCUUUAUUGUCAGCCCUUCUGAACGCCAUUCCGCAGAGAUUGAUCGCGUUAUCGCCUAUCUACGAAAUACGAAGAAUCUAGCUAUCCAAUAUGGCGGAGCAGAUACCGAUGCCCUAUCGAUGAAUAUAGUAGAAGUAGCAAGUGGUGCCUCUUUUGCGGAUGAUUCAGAUAGAAGAUCAACUGAAAGUGAUACAUUCAAACUCUUUGGGGGCGCAGUGGAUUGGAAAGUUUGGAAAUCAAAAAGGCCACAAACAAAAGCCCUGCUUCGGUGGUGGAAGUUGUCAUCACCUGUUGCCUUUUUGAUUUCCAAUGCUUUUUUUUAA